AUCCACUCCAGUGUAUUCCAUUCUGUAACCAAAUGCGGACAAAUACAAUGAAUCUUUUCCUUCCUUCAAUGUGGUCUUAAACUCGCUAUCAACUCAUUCACUCACACUCUCUCAAUUGUGAAGUCAAAACCCCACUCGGUUCAGUUCCAAGUUGCCAACUUGCUGCAGAUUCGAUUUCACUCUGAAGGAGGGUGAGAAUCAAGCCAUUUGUGGGACACAAUGAGUACAGUUCACAUUUAUCUGAACCAUUCAAUUUCUCGAUCAGUAUACAAACUUGGGUUCAAUUUGGGGAGAGAGAGCGCUUUGAUAGGAGGAAGACAAUUUACUCAAAUCAAUAGCCGGAGGGCCGUGAGUGCUUGUCUUAAUGUGGAUGUUGGUGCAGCUAAUGCUGCGAAUGUAGCAUUGGAGAAGACUAAGAAAGUGAUGGAGAUGGAAGGGAAGUAUUUGGUGGGGACAUAUGCAAGAGCACCGGUUGUGCUUGAGAGAGGGAAAGGUAGUAAGGUGUAUGAUGUUGAAGGGAAAGAAUAUCUAGAUUUGAGUGCUGGGAUCGCUGUUAAUGCAUUAGGGCAUGGGGAUGCAGACUGGUUGAAAGCUGUUGUGGAGCAAGCUGGUACCCUUACUCAUACCAGCAAUAUUUUCUACACAAUACCUCAGGUAGAACUUGCAAAGCGUCUGGUGGCUUGUUCCUUUGCCGAUCGUGUAUUUUUCGCAAAUUCUGGAACUGAAGCAAAUGAAGCGGCUAUUAAAUUUGCAAGAAAGUAUCAGAGACACAUAACUACUGAUGGGAAAGUGCCAGCAACAGAGUUCCUAGCUUUUAGUAAUUGCUUUCAUGGAAGAACCAUGGGUGCCCUUGCUUUAACAAGUAAAGAGCAUUACCGAGCACCUUUUGAACCUGUUAUGCCCGGAGUAACCUUUUUAGAGUACGGAAAUGUGCAGGCUGCAACAGAGUUAAUUAAGCAGGGCAAGAUUGCUGCAGUUUUUGUGGAACCCAUCCAAGGAGAAGGUGGAAUUUACAGUGCUACAAAAGAAUUUCUAGAGUCUCUGCGCAAUGCUUGUGAUGAAGCUGGGGCACUUCUUGUGUUUGAUGAGGUUCAAUGUGGUUUAGGUCGAACAGGGUAUCUUUGGGCCCAUGAGGCAUAUGGUGUCUUCCCCGAUAUGAUGACCCUAGCCAAGCCUCUUGCUGGAGGCUUACCUAUUGGAACCGUCCUGGUGACUGAGAGAGUUGCUUCAGCUAUCAAGUACGGCGACCAUGGAAGCACUUUUGCUGGAAAUCUUCUUGUUUGCAGUGCUGCUCUUGCUGUAUUGGAUAAGAUAUCAAAACCUGAUUUCCUGUCUUCUGUAUCUAAGAAAGGCCUAUACUUCAAAGAACUACUGAAGCAAAAGUUAGGAGGAAACCGGCACGUGAAAGAAAUUCGCGGUAUUGGGCUAAUCAUGGGAAUUGAUUUAGAUGUACCUGCCUCACCCCUUGUAGAUGCGUGCCGAGAUUCUGGUCUUUUAGUAUUAACUGCUGGAAAAGGAAAUGUUGUCAGGCUUGUUCCACCAUUGAUCAUAACAGAGCAGGAGCUUGAGCAAGCAGCUGAUAUUCUAUGCCAAGCUAUAUCAGUUCUUGAUUAGAGUAACUAAAACUAGGAGUUUUGCUUGAAGUCUUGGAUGUAAAAACCUUGAACUUCCUUUCCCUGAAGGUGUUAUUACCGUGGUAAGAAUAAUUUAGCAAAGCAUGCAUCAUAUUUCUUGAAACAGUGGAUGGAAGAUCCUCUGUAUUCUCUGUGACAAAUUUAUUUAUGGUGUUUUUCAUCAGAUUGAACAUAUCCAAGGGAUUUGAAAAUCUUUUCCUUUACAUGGGUUGGUUUUGAAUA